AUGGAAAACUUAUCGAAGCACAAGUCCGAAAUAAAAGAAAAAGAAAUCUGACGAAUAAUUCAGCUAAACGAAGGCUUAUCUUGCACAAGCAAUUUAUAUAACACAAACUCUACGAGGACUUCUAUAUACACCAAAUGAGAUUUCUUUCCGAAAAAUUUAUUUGAGCAGCUUCAAUACUCAUACAAUUUAUGGUUUCUUAUGAUCUUUAUUAUCCUUCUUACCCCUCUGAAUUUUGAUUUGCUUUAUAAAUGAUUUAUUUUUAGCGUUUUUCUUGCCAUGAUUUUGUUUAACCUUAUAAAAGAUGCUUUAAAUGAUUAUUGGAAAUACAAAAAUGAUGAGCAAGUAAACAAUAGGCUUUAUAAGGUCUGAAAUGGAGAUAUGAUAGCAGAAAAGAAAAGCCGAGACAUCGGGGUAGGAGAUAUAUUAUGUAUCACCGAAAAUGAAACUGUUCCUGCAGAUAUGCUGAUCUUGAGUAUAGGAUCUAAAAAACAUAUCUGUUAUGCUGAUAUUUCAAAAAUAAAUGGUGAAAAAAGUUUAAGGAUCAAGCGAUCAAUGAAGGAUUCUCAAGAAAUCCUUGAUAAAACAGAUAUUAAUAUUGCAGUAUCUAUGCUCACUAAACUCAAUGCAACUGUAAAAGUCUCACUGGCUAAUGAAAACCAAAAUUUUUCUGGGUCACUUAAACUCACUUCUAACCCAAAAGCUUCACAAAUAACGAUAAAUAACCUAUUGCAAAGCGAUUCUAAGCUAGUGAAUACAAGCUGGAUCCUUGGGAUGAUAAUUUAUACAGGAAUUGACUGCACGACUUGGGCACACAAAAGAAAUAGACUUAGACGAAUUUCGGUCAGUCAAAAGUUGCUAGGGAAAUGGAUCAGAUAUUUAUGAUUUUUUGCUUUUUGUCUAGUUUUAUUUUCUAGUUUAAUGGGAACUGUUUAUUAUGACUUAAAGCACCAAGAUACCACAAUAGAGCUUAUCGGCAAUUUUAUCAUCCUGUUUAGCAAUAUUAUGCCAAUUUCUUUAUUUAUCAGCUUGAUUAUAAUUAGGUGUUUUCAAGUAUACAAAAUCCAGUACAGCAAUAAAGAUAUAGGCUUUCAUACUUGAAGUAUUAAUGAAGACUUAGGCCAGGUUGAAUAUAUCUUACUCUCCAAUUUAAUUGGAAUAGAAAAUCAUUUCCAAUUUAAAGGGGUUAAGUUAUUUUAAUAUACAUUAAAAUGGUGUGACAAGACAACCCUCCUUCUUGGAAUAUCUGGUUUCGUAGGUAAUCGGGCAAAGGACUAUGGGAAAGGAGUCUGACGUUCGGGAAUGUGUAUGCAGCUGAGUUUUAUUUUGUUUGGUGAAGCGCAAUGACUGGAUAACUGAUUGUGUGAUUUUUCCAGAUCAAGGUUUUUGCCUCAGAGGGGAAUGGAAUCGAGAGCUGAAAAGGGAUCUCCUAGCAGUGCCAGAGGACAUUCACGACUGUUUUUAAUCGUGAAACAGGAGUUAUGCCCUGGGCUUCGGAUUUACCAUUUUGUCUGAGAGUCGACCAGAAAAUUCGAGAUUUUGAAUUUUCCACGGAGCAACUUUUUGCUGACGUAUGGCAUGGUGCACAACUCAUCCAAAUACCGGGGUAGUGAGUGAAGGCCAAUGUCCGGGCAGGAGUAUCCUUUGUAAUAUCGUGCACGAACUGGCGAGUAGGCGACAGGGGUACUAAGGUGAAGUUAGCCCUUCGAGAAUUACUGUGAUGUAAUAUAGUCAUAACGGUUAAGUUAUUUUAAAUAAUUAAUAUGAAUAUUUUCAUAAUAAAAACAUAUGAAAAGUUAAAAAAUAAGCAAUGUUUUAUUAUUUUUAUAUAUAUAAAUUUAAGAUAUUAAAGCAAUUUACAUAGAACUUACUAUUCUAGCCUUAGAAUAUAUAAAUCUGUUUCAACAAAAAUAGGUUUAAUUUCCUAAAAUCUAAAAUACCUCUUUUUAAUCUAAUUUAAAUAGGAUAUUUAGCUGAUAAAUCAGGAACUUUGACCAAAGACGUCCUAACUGCGAAUGUUUGCAUAAUUGGUGAUGAAAUCUAUGUAAACGACUGCGAAGAAACCAUAGAUUCCUGCCCUUAUCCUACCACCCCUCAUGACACACCUAAAGAAAGCGACUAUGCCCCAGGUUUUUUUAAAAAAAUCUCAACAGACUACAAUCAUUUCAUUAACUUGCGGCACGACUUAAGGUCUGCAGAUAUUUACUCUCCAAUUUUUCACUUUAUGCUAAAUUUAGCUAUUUGCAACCAAACUGUAACAAGGGCAAAUGGGGACUAUUUCGCUCUAUCAGACGAAGAAAAGCUUUUAGCUAAAACAUGUGAGAGGGCAGGUAUGCAAUUAAUUAAAAGGUCUAAUAGAAAAGUAUCAGUAAUGUACAUUGACAAACAGUUGGACAUAAGUGUGGUUGCAUUUCAGCCUCAUAGUCCAGAAACUAAAAGGACAAGAAUUUUAGUCAGAUGUCCAGACAGUGAUCAAGCAAUUUUAUACGUCCGCGGAUACCGAGACCCUAUGAUAAAGCAUUUAUCAUUGGAGUCUAAUACUUUUAGUAGUAUAGAAACUAUUACCUGCCUAAAGUGCUUAUCAGGAAAAAAACAAGUUUUAUUAGGCUAUCGUAUGUUGAGCUCAAGAGAACUUAAUGAGUUUAAAUUUGCUUAUGGGAAUGCUAAGCUGUCACCUGUAAAUUCUGAUGGAAGAAUGAAUAGGGUGUUUGAAUUUUAUGAGAAAGGGAUGAAGUUUUUGGGGAUUAUAGGAAUUGAAGACUUGGUUAGUGAAGAAACAAAGGAAACUAUGGCAUUAUUGAGUAGGGCUGGAAUUAAGGUAUGGAUCGCCAGCGGAGACUCUGAAGAAAGCACCUUAUGUGCUGGGAUUUCUUCUGGGUUAAUUGAAGAGCACAUGCAGAUUGCAAGAAUUAUGAAUAUCACGUCAGAGAUGGAGUGCAAUAGGACAAUGAGACAUCAUAUAAAACAACUAAUUUAUCAUAUAGGGGAAUCUCCAGAAAAUCCCAAUAAAUCAUUAGGGUCGCCGAAAAGGCAAUUCACAGGUGAGUAUAACAAUAUCUCAAAUAGAAGUGAACAAAUCAUGAUGAGGGAUGAAUUGAUGAUCUCUUCACCAUUUAUAGAUUCACCUAGAAAAAGGAGCUUUAAUAUCCCAUUUCAAAGAAGGUCAAUACAUCCAUUAAUGUCAGAAUUUGCUGAUGCUGUUGUAUUAGAAGACGCUUUAAAAAACUCUUUUGAUCCUGACACUGUAUUUUAUAGCUUAUCUAUUGAUAGAACUGGGCUGCAAUUUGCAUUAAGUUCUGAAGAAAACAGAAGGUAUUUAGUAGCUUUACUUUUCGCGGCAAAAAGUGUCAUUUUUAGCUCAAUUACGACUGACCAAAAAAUAAAAAUAAUUAAACUGCUGAAAGGAAAUUUUGAGUUUAAGCCUGUUAUUAUGGCUAUUGGAGAUGGAUCAAGUGACACUGGAAUGAUCCAGGAGUCACAUAUAGGGGUUGGAAUUAGUGGAAAUGAAGGCCCAGAAGCUUCUUUAUGUGGAUGCAUAUGGCUGAGAGAUUUUUCACAGUUGAAGAAUUUAUUACUUUUUGAAGGACAUUAUAGCUAUACAAGAAUAGCAUCGGUUGUUGUAUUAAUCAUUUAUAGAGACAUCUUGCUAGUAUGCUUGCUAUUUUUUUACAGUUCGAGCGUCGGAUUUUCGGGGUUAGCUUAAUUGACAUUACAUUACAUUAGAAUUUAUAUCGCUUAACGUCCACUACGGGGUUACAACUCCAGGUUUAUCACUCGCCUUUCGUCGCAUCGGGCCCACCAGUCUGCUGGAGACAAACGCGCUUUGAUCACCAGGGUGCUUCCAGGGCAAAUGUCCACGUCUUCGACGGCUCAUGGAUGAGCUACUUGCUUGUACAUGGGUUGCUUUUCCGAAAAACCCAAAAAAUGGAUUUUUCUGGUCGGCUAUCGGCAAAAAGGAAAAAUGCAAAGCCUGGGACGUACGCCCAGUUUCACGCUAGGGAGUUGCCCGAAUGGUCCAGAGGACUUUGCUGGGCUUCCCCUUUCCAACCUUGCACCCUCCUUCCCCACGAGGAAAAAUCCACCCCUGAGAAUAGACUUGGGCUAGUCUCUGAAAGCUACCAGAAUUGCUUACCUAGCAUUGCUGUCCAUCUCUGAAAUGGUAAAACCUUGCCGGAUAUAAUUAAAAUAUGAGUCGAGGCUGCAUGGCCGGGAGGCCAUGCCCAGACGAAGACGCCAUAUUUUAAUUAUGUUAGCUUAAUUGACAGCCAAUACAUUAUUAUUUUAGAUUUUCUUGUCACACUGAUUCCUAUUAUAGAAAUAAGAAAGAAUGGUGACUUUGACGGAAGAUGACUCCGAGAAAUACUCCCUAUGGUGCAGGUAGGACUGCCUUGAUGAAGCUGAAAAUAGUGCUCUGUCACUUUUUGAAGUAAACCUUCAGUUUGGGGUGCCUGCCAAGAGGGAAGUUUUGUUUCUACCUAAAGAUUUUCCCUAUCUCUGCCAGAAGGGCUAGGCAUGUUUUGCCUCCCACCUAGUCUUUGCUCAUCCGGACUAAUGAGGCAUCCGCAAGAGGUUGCUCUAAGAUAGGCAGCUAAUCCUUAUGUUAGGUGGGUUUACGCGAUAUAGGCAACUUAGUGGUCUAUCCGCUUAUAACCUUAUAAUUUAACUUAGCUUAACAAUUAUAGCAAUAGGACUUUUUGACGAUGAUAUUUCCCAAAGAGAAAUUACGUUGCACCCUGAGUCGUAUGAUUUAGGAAUAAAAAGAGAAUUAUUUACCUUUAAAAAGCUGACAUCUUUUGCUAUAGAAGGUCUCAUGCAUGCUUUUAUCAUUUUUUUAUUUUUAUUCCUAGGGCUGAAUUCUACUAUUAAUUCAUCAGGAUACACAGAAAAUUUUACUUAUAUAGGAGUUUUAGCUUUUAUAGAUUGGUAUAUAGUAUCAAUGAUAACCAUUUCACUGCAGAUGAACUCUUUUAACAAAUACACAAUGGCUUCCAUUUUUAUUUCAGUUUUGAUAACCUUUGGCUACAUUCAAGGCGUUUCUGACUCAGUCACAAAUGAAAGUUUUUCAGCUGCAGAUAUGAUUAAUGAUGCAUCAAGAAGUUAUAUUCACAUAUUAUUGAUACCAUGUGUAUGCUUUGUGUUCAGCUAUUCAAUAAGGGUAGUUAGUUUUAAUUUUCACCCAAAUACCAUCAACUUGAUGAGGGUGCUGAAAAAUAAAAUCUAUCAAGUCACUGUGCUUUCUAGACUGGAAAAGUAUAAAGAUAGGAUAGGAGAAAUAUAUAGAGUUACAAAUAAAUGGAAAGAACAAAAAAGAUUAGACAGAUAUGACUUGAAUAAAUGAACAUUGCAAUUUGUCUCGCCUGUUAGAGAGCUGGAAUAUCAAGGGGAGCAGCUUACUCCUUUUUACUAGACGCAAAAAAUUUGGUUUGAGAUAUUUUUUGGAAAAUUAAACCCUUUCCAAAGCAAGAAAAUAAACUUAAUAUAAAUUCUAUAUUUAUAAAAAUAUUUAGAAUAUAUAUAAUCAAUCAAUUUUUAUAAGAGAAACAAUCUAAUUUAAUUUAUGAUUUAGUUCGAAAUUUUUAUUUAUAGAGAAUUUUAUAUAGAACUUUAAAAAAAAUAAAGCCUUUCAAUAGUGAGACAAAAGCUGAACGCAGGCCAAGUGGAAGAGUUAGAGAAAAUAUUUUGCUAUAUCGAGUUUUAAUGCUUCUCUUUAUUUCUGGAUAUUUUUCACUCUUUAUAUCAUAUUUAUCUUCCAGCAGAAACUAUGGAAAAUUGAUUUACUAUGCAAUUUUAGGUCUAUAUCACGUCGUUCUGCUAGUUUUGACGUGGAGAUAUUUGUUUCCAAAAUACCAAAAACAACUAUUACUUUCAAUGUACAUUAUUAAUUUAAUAUCAAUCGUGAUAGCAUAUUAUGCAUUUGACACUUUUACUAUCAGUUUCCUCAUAUCAUUACCUGUGGUAAUUUUACUCGUAUUAUGUACCUUGUGAUUUUAUCUUGUAGCUUUAACAAUAAUUGAUUUUGGCUUACUCCCCCUCCGUGAGCGAACAAAAAAAUCUUGUUCGCUCACAGAGGGGGUUAAUUUUUUUAAAAAAUCCUAAUUCGCAAAAAUAAAUAUUGAUUUAAUUUGUAAAAAUUUUAUGUUUCAAAGCGCGAUUUGUUUAAAAUAAACAGAAUUAACUCGAGAUUUCAUUAUAAUAAUUAUCACUUAUAUAUCAAAAUUUUUUCCAUAAAAAAUUUUUGUUCGUUCAUGGGUUUUUUUGGCAAAAAAUAGGGAUUUUUCCAAUGGUUUUGUUCGCUCACGUAGGGGGAAGUUAGCUAUAGCAAUGAUCAUUCAAAGAAUAUUAAUGAACGACCAUUUAGACUCCAACGAUCAGAUUUUAUAUAUAAUUGAAUACAUUCUUAUAUAUAUAUCAGUGAUUUCUGUCUCCGCACUUAUAAGCUACGUAAUAGAAAAAUCACGAAGAGAAGAAUUUGCUACAACUCAGUAUGACAAGCAUGAAAUAGAAAAAUCAAUGAACGUCCUAAACUUUUUGCUUCCAGCCUUUGUAAGGAAAAGAGUAAAGAACGGCGUCAGAUAUAUAGCUGAAAGCCAAGGCACAGUUUCAGUGCUAUUUUGUGACAUCUGUGAUUUUGAAGGAAUUAUAGCAAGAUUUACCCCACAAGAGCUUAUAGAGUUUCUUGAUGGUGUUUUUAGAAAAUUUGAUCAGUUAUGCGAUGAAUUUGGGGUUACAAAAAUAGAAACGGUAGGGAAAACUUAUAUGGCUUGUGCUGGGCUCAAAGACUCUGAGCCUGAGUCUGAUCCAGCGUUUGCAAGCGUUUCUCAUGCUAGAAGAGCAAUAGAGCUUGGAUUAGGAAUGCUAAAAGCGGCUGAAGAAAUUUAUAUUAAUGAUGACACUCAGUUGAAAUUAAAAGUCGGGAUCAAUAGUGGCCCAGUCACUGCUGGAGUUGUAGGAUUUCAUAAGCCUCAAUUUUCAUUAGUAGGAGAUACUGUAAAUACUGCGAGCCGAAUGGCAUCAACUUUACAAGAAACAGGUAGCAUUCAGAUUUCAAUCGAAACUUUUGAAUUGCAUUAAAAUUAGUCAUCCUCUCGUGUAAAUUCCAUUGCCACAUUACCUGCCUGGGCUCCUUCCCUACUUCUGGGCUCCCUUGUCUACCGUCACCCAAGACUUCGGCUUCGGGGGUUCGGAUUUCGACGGCAGUCCUUCCAUUUAGAACAGCCUCACAGCUGGGGUUGUGGGAUUCUUCUAGAAAAUUCGGGACAGGAGACCUGCAUUGCCCAACGCAGGCACUUGAAGCCCUGUCAUCGCGGGAUAAAUUCGCUAGAAAGCCAUCUCAUAAUCAUGAAAUGCAAAAAGAGAGUUUUUCGGUCAGAAGACCAAAAAAUUCGAAUAACACCAUUUUAUUCUUAUGACAACUUUGAAUUAAUUGACUCUAGAGAAGGUUUGACAUUCGAAAACAGAACGGUUGAAGCCAAAGGUAAAGGAAUGAUGGAUACCAAGCUCGUAAAAGAAGCUGUGCUUGGUGACAAAGAUUUGAUGAGUGUCAAAAAGAACCAAUUAAGUAUGGAUGGAAUCCAUUCUUCCCUUUCUUUUUCUAGAUCUAGUUUUUUCGAUUCGAGUCACCACACAAACACAAAUGAACGAAGAAAAUCGUUUUUAUUAGAAACUCUUGACCUAGCAAACGAAGAAGAAGUUUUCAAGCGGACAAACACCCCCAAAAUCGAGAAAGUCAAAUUUAUAUCUUUUAAAUGCCAAGAAAGCUGCAAAGACCAGAAAUUUAGAAAAUAUUUCAUUGAUUCCAAUUUUUCAAUUGUCUAUUAUGGAUUAGUUAUUGGAGCUGGUUUUUUUGCGAUAUCUGCUGUAUUAAGCUUAACAAGACUGAUUAUAAGUAAUGAUAGAAGUGCCUAUAGGUACAUUUCUUUUUUCAGUUUAUUUUUCGAAUUUUUUCUAUUUUUGCUGAUGAUUAAAAUUAUACAGAAAGAGAAAAGGAAUAUUAUGACUGGGUGGUUUUUACAAUGGACUUUUGCAGCUGGUAUGGGAGUUCUAAUAUAUCUAACUACAAGUGAGGAUUCGUCUUAUAACAACUAUAUAGAGUUCGGGAAAAUGGUUUUGCAUGCUUUAUACCUUACACACUGCUCAGAGUCAUUUUUAAAGCACAUUACUAUCACAAUUUCAGUAGUUUCUAUCACAUGAGUGCUAAUAGUUCUAGUUUUAAUGAGAUUUGAUACUUCAUCAGUUGCGAUUUUAUCUUUAUGCUUGUUUUCUAUUAUGACAUAUUCAAUCUAUUACCGGGAAAAGAAACUUAGGAUUUCCUACGCUUUAAGAAAAGCUGCACGCAGAGAAGGAAAAAAAACUGAAAGCCUGCUUACUGAAAUGAUGCCUUCCCACGUAUACUUCAAUCUAAAAGAAGAAAACACAACCACAGAUUCUUUAUCAGACGUCACUAUUUUGUAUGCAGACAUCGUAGGAUACACAGCCUGAUCUGCUUCGAAAACCCCUGAACAAAUUGUAGGUAUGCUUCACGAAUUUUUUACCCGCUUUGAUAGAAUCUGUGUAGAGCACCAUGUCUAUAAAGUUCAUACCAUUGGGGAUUGCUAUGUAGCUAUUGGUUUUACAGAAGACAGCAAUAGGAAUCCUGCAGUAGAAUGUUUGAAUAUCAUGAAAUUUGCCCAAUCCAUGCUAAAAGUGAUUCAGGAUAUUAAUUCAGAAUAUUUCACUAGCUUGUAUAUGAGAAUUGGGAUCCACUCAGGAAACGUCAUAGGAGGUGUUGCUGGGACGAAAAUAGUAAGAUAUGACAUUUAUGGUAGAGAUGUGCUGAUUGCGAAUAAAUGCGAAAGUAAUGGAAUUGCUGGGAAGAUAGUGGUAAGUGAGAAUGCGAAAAAUCUGGUGCAGAAAAAUCCACAAUGUCCAUAUAUAUUUGAUAUUCACAAAGAUAUUGUGGAUAGGAAUAAGAGGAUCACACUUUAUGUACUUGAUGAAAUAUUAAGGCUAAAUAAUUAA